AUGAUUUACAACCGAUUUAUACUUAUCUACAAUGUUAUGCUGGGUAUUUGUUCAUUAGCUAUUACUCAUGAUCAAAAAGUUGAACAAAUUGUUGGAUGUAAAAUAACAAAUUAUAAAAUUGAUUGUCUUGAUCUCGAUAGUUUACGUGAUGUAUUUAAAAAACAUUCGAUUUAUGCUAUUAUGAAUUUUGCCGCAUUGAAAUCUGUUAGUGAAUCUAUUGAAAAACCUGUUUUUAUAUUAUAA